AUGAAUAACUUAAAAUUAGAAGUAACAAAUAAUUUGAUUCGUUCAAAAUCGUUGAGCUCUUUAGAAUUCCUCGACAAUGUGAGCAACGGGCUCAAAGUAUUCCAACGAAGUCUUGCCGAAUACAAAGAAAAUUGUGAUAGGAGUCAUGCCUCCGAUAAUGAGCUUGAGUGGGAACAAUCUUUUGGAGAGGAACACGAAUAUCUUAUUUACGAAAAAAUAAACACUUCGGCGCUAAAUUCGACGCAGGACGUUGAAUCUAUAUCUAUACUGGAACGCAAAAUUGAGAAGAUCAGCGAUUUACUACUUGAACAGCAAAAGCUAUUGAUUGGAAUUAAAGAGGAUAUAAAGAGUUAUUUGUUUAAUGGAACCAUAGAUGAACCUAAAACGGUCUCAGCAGACCAAUCGUUUGAAGAUCUUCCUUUUAAGGAGCUCAUGAAAUCAACACUUAAGGAAAUUAUACCUAUGAAGCUCGAAGACAUCAAUGACCGAGCUAAGAGCUUAUUGGACGCCAUAGAAUUAAAACCUUCACAGUGUCUGGAACGAGGUAUUAAGGACGCACUAACCAAGUUUCUUCAGGACGAUGCUUUAAAAGAUCGCGUAGUGGCAGCAACAAAACAAUGUGUGAAGGAGGUGAUUCGAAGCUGCUUCACCCAGAGUUUCUCUACGUCCUACCUGCCGAUACUGGAGCGAUCCCAUCGUCGCCUCCUCAGACAUGUCACUAAAAUUCUAGAAGAUUCUUUCAAAGAGUUGGAGGAAAACGCGACCAUGUUUACUAAAUCCGUGCAUAAGACUUCGAAAACGCUGCGUAAGGCUAUAUCACGUCAUCAAAGCUUGCUGGAGGGGGCGGAUCACAACAGGAACCUGACAAAGCAUUUGCAACGGAGCUUACAAGAGAUUCUUCAAAAGGAGUUGAAAGAUUGGCGGGAAAACUUAUAUCAAAUUUUAUUGACGCCAGAACAUAAUAAUCACGACAAUUCAGAAGACAGUGGUUCAAGCCCCUCCACUCCAAACUAUACACCAAUAAGCCCUCCCCAGCCUGCCGAUUCCGAACGAUCAAUUAUUGAACAACUGAUAAAGUCAGCCGAAAUUAACAAACAAAUUAAAGAUGGCAAUUUCAAUGGGUCGUUCGAAAAGGCGCUGUCUUCGUCCGAUUUAUCGUUAGUUAUGGCGGCAUGUCGAGCGGCGGAUCCUGUGAAGGUUUUUUCACCGCCUUGCAAAUUACGUCAGGCAGUGUUGCUAUCACUUAUACAACAACUGGCAACCGAUAUGGUUCACGAUACGCAAUUAAAGUGCAGAUACCUUGAAGAGGCUAUAAUAAAUUUAAAUCCUUUAGACUCUGUUACCCGUAGUCAUUUACCUAUGGUUGUUGCUGAAGUUCGCAAACAUCUCACGAUUUUUUUAUUGUCUUAUCCAUGUCACGUAGCGAGUAGAAGAGUUACAUUAAUUAUUAUGGCAGCUGAUUAUUUACUUAAAUGA